AUGGAAAGCUUGUGGAGAUCCGUCUCGGGCGCGAACCCAGACCCAUCUGAAUACGCCGGAAUCGACUUCUGGUCGAAUCCGGAGCGCUCCGGCUGGCUCACGAAGCAAGGAGAGUACAUCAAGACCUGGCGCCGUCGAUGGUUUGUUCUGAAAAAGGGCAAGCUCUUGUGGUUCAAGGACCCGUUAGAUUCAGCCUCCGGCGAUUCCAUUCCCCGCGGGGUGAUCUCCGCUGGCGAUUGUCUCACCGUGAAAGGUGCCGAGGACAAACUGAAUAAACCCUUCGCCUUCGAGCUCUCGACUAACGCGGACACUAUGUACUUCAUCGCCGAUUCGGAUAAAGAGAAAGAAGAGUGGAUCAAUUCCAUAGGGCGGUCCAUCGUGCAGCACUCGAGGUCCGUCACGGAUUCCGAGGUGGUUGAUUAUGAUAGCAGGCGUUAG